AUGAACGCGUUCUACGACGCGCUAGGUGAGAAGCUCGAGGCGAGCAGGCGGGCGCUGGGGGAGGCAGAGUCGGCUCGGAAGGCCGAGCAGGCGAUAUCGGGUGCGGGGGCGGGGUCAUCGUCGCCUGCCCCUGUCUCGGAGCGCGCCAAAGCUGCUGAAGCGCGCAAGCAGAAACGGUUAGAGAAGAAGAAGGCUAAGGAUGCAGUCGCCGCCGCCACGUCUUCCUCUGCCUCUGCCGCUGAGAAGGACAGCGCGAACGUAACAGCCAACGACGGUGCGGACCACACGGAGCCGGAGCCUCUGCCCACGAUCGUCGCGACGUCGCAGCAGAGCCGGUUCCACAAGGAGACGCUCGUGACGAGCUCGCGCGAGGUCGACCUCGCGACGGUCAACAUCUCGGUGAACCAGCUCGAUCUGCUCGUCGAUGCGCAUCUGAGGCUCAAGGAGGGCGUGCGGUAUGGGCUUGUUGGGCAGAAUGGCGUGGGCAAGAGCAUGCUUAUGAGGUGCAUGGCGGACGGCAUCCUUGCGCUCCCGAACAACCUGAACGUGCUGCACGUUGCGCAGCUGGAAGCCUUCGACGAAGCUCUGAUUGUCGUGGACGAGGUGUUGCAUGCUGAUAAGGCGUGUAUGACUUCAUUACAAGAGUACGAAGACCUCCACCGCAUCCUCGGCAACUCCCGCCAAAGCACCACGAAGAACAACGCCGAGCUCAACAAAGCCGUGCACAAAAUCCUCCUCACGCGCCUCUUCGCGCGCGUCGCCGAGGCCCGCCAGAUCGCGCUCAAACGCUCCGGCCAGCGUGGGCACGACGCGCGCCAGGAGCAGCUCAAGAUCGAGAAGGAGUACGCCGAGCUCGAGCGCCAGGAUCCGCAGAAGUAUGUCACAUCCGACAUGGUGACCGACAUGAUUUCGGAUGUGUUUGACAAGUACGAGCUCGUCGAUAUCGAGGGGCGGAGGGCGAGGGCGAAGAGGAUAUUGAAGGGUCUGGGGUUUUCGGAGGCGCAGGUUGACGAGCCGGUGAAGAAGCUUUCGGGCGGAUGGCGGAUGAAGGUUGCGUUGGCGAAGUCGUUGUUUAUGAACCCUGAUAUUCUUCUCUUGGACGAACCCACGAAUCAUCUUGACCUGCCCGCGAUAUUCUGGCUGCAGGAGUAUAUCAUCAACGAGACCGACGGAAUUACCGUCGUCGUCGUCUCACAUGACCGUUCCUUCCUCAACGCCGUCACCGACGAGACGAUCAUUCUGCGGGACAGAGUCCUCGCAUACCACCAGGGCAACUUCGACGACUACGAGAAGAACACCGAAGAGCAGCGCGUGCGCAAGCAGACCUUGCUGGACACGCAGGAGAAGAAGCGCGCCAAGCUCGUCGCGAGCAUCCAGCGCGACGUGCAGCACGCGCGCGCGACGGGCGACGACAAGCGCCUCGGGCAGGCCGCGUCGCGCAAGAAGAAGCUCGACCGGCUCGGGAUGGAGAAGACCGAGGACGGCAAGCGCUUCAAGGUGUCGUACUGGGCCGGGUACCACGCCGGCGUGCGCGCGGACGUCGAGGUGCAGCAGGCGCUCAAGACCGCGCCGAUCCGCGUGCCCGCGCCCGCGGGGCCGCUGCGCUACCACGGGCAGGUGUUCACGGCGAAGAGCGUGGCGUUUGCGUAUCCCGGCUCGGCGCGGAUGUAUCUCCGGGACUUUUCGAUCGACGUUAAGCCCGGUGCGCGCGUCGCUUUUCUGGGCCCGAACGGGUGCGGCAAGACGACGCUGCUGAACGUCAUGACCGGUGUGCUUUCCCCCACGUCUGGCGAGGUGUACCGGCACCCGUCGUUGCGUGUCGGCUACUUCUCGCAGCACGCUGUCGACCAGCUCGAUCACGCGUGCACGCCGCUGCAGGAGAUGAAGAGGCGGCACCCGGCGAUGAGCGAGCAGGAGUGCUGGGCGCAGUUUGGUGGCGUGGGCAUUCUGGGCGCCGUGGCGAGCCGGCGGACGGCGAGUCUGAGCGGCGGGCAGCGCAGCCGCGUCGCGCUCGCGAUGAUCCUCGUGGAGGAGCCGCAUGUGCUCGUGCUGGAUGAGAUCACGAAUCAUCUGGAUAUGGGUACGGUGGACAAGCUUGUGGAUGCGUUGAGGGAUUUCUCGGGCGCGCUUGUGCUUGUUAGUCACGAUGUGUGGUUCUUGAGGGAGCUUAUGGAGGGUGAAGAGGAGGGCGAGGACGGGGAGGAAGUCGAGGCUCCGAGAGAACGUGCGUUCUAUGUUGUGAAGAACGGGCUGGUGAAGAAGUGGGAGAAAGACCUGGAUGCGUAUGUAGAUACUGUUAUGGCCAAGGUCCGUAAGAGCUUUUGA